AUGGCCGAGGAACCCCAGCCCGCAGGCGUGCACGAGGGUGCCGGCCAGCCGCCCGCUCCCGCUUCGGCCGAGGACCGCAAGGCGCAGGCGGCCAUGUCGACCUUGGACGCCGCCCAGCGCGACGACGACGGCGCUCCGAAGAAGAACGUUGACACCGAGGCUCUGGGUAAGGCCAUGAAGAACUUGGAUGUGAAGGACCAGAACAAGCCGCAGGAAGCCAAGAAGACCGUCAAGGUCGAUCCCGCAGACGUCACUCUGCUGGUCGAGCAGCUGGAGUUGGCCAAGCCCAAAGCCAUCGAGCUUCUGAAGGCUCACGACGGUGACGCGGUGAAGGCAAUGACUGUCUUCAUCGGCGUUUCCGCCUGA